CACCACCGACCAAGAGGAUCAGCUGCACUGCUGCUCUCUGCUUUUUAAAAAUAGGCUGGGAUAUCAGCUAAGAGACCUAGACGCAUCCUGGGGAUUGAGGAAUGUCUCCACACUUCCCAGAGCCUUGAUAUCUGCGUGAAUUCUCUGAGUAAUUGUCUCUGUGUGUUUAUGGGUGUAUGUGUGUGUGUGUAUGAAGAUAGAGCCUGUAUUACUAGUUAAAGAGAGAGGAUUUUCUGUCCAGAUGAGAGAGUGGACCGAGCUGGAGAUGAGCUUCACGGCAGGGGGGUUUCUCAGCACCUCAGAUGGUUACUGCUCCGCUGAGCAGCUCCAGUACUACGAUAUGCUGGCUGACCCCCUGGGCUAUCCCCUGCAGGACCCUGACCUCCAGCUCCUCCCAUACAGCCAACAACAGUAUAGUCCUGCCAACCUGCCCUUCUCCCACUAUGGUUCUCCACCCUCCUCUGCCCCCUCUCCCUCCUCCUCCUCCUCUUCCUCUCAGCUCUGCAACCCACCAUACCACUACAGCCCUCACUGCCUGGAGGCCCCUUGCGAUCCGAGCCCCGAGCCCCACUGUGGGGGCCUCUUUGCUCAGGGCCUCGGAUCUGUAGGACUGCCAAUGGGGCGGAGGUCCCGGAUGGGCUCGGGUGGAAAGAGCAGAGGUCAGGAUGAGCUGUGUGUGGUGUGUGGCGAUAAAGCAUCAGGAUACCACUACAAUGCUCUUACCUGCGAGGGAUGCAAAGGAUUCUUCAGACGCAGUGUCACCAAGAAAGCUGUGUAUCACUGUAAGAGUGGUGGUAGCUGUGAGAUGGAUAUGUACAUGAGGAGGAAGUGUCAAGACUGCCGUCUGAGGAAGUGCCGAGCUGUGGGAAUGCUGGCUGAAUGUCUGUUGACUGAGGUGCAGUGCCAAUCCAAACGCCUGAGGAAAGGAGGUAAAAGCAGAGGGCAGGAGGAAGAGGAGAACACAGACAGCAGGAGAGUCAGCUCUACCAGCAGGCUACCCGGACAGGCUUUGUCUGCCAGUUUAACCCGAGAACAGAAAUACAUCGUGGACAGGAUGGUGGAGGCCCAUAGGCUCUACAGAGGUCAGGACAGUAGCAAUUUUAGGGCAUUUGAGUGGCUGUGUCCAGAAGAAGUGGAAGGCCUGUCUGAUGUAGUAUCACCCCGCCUACAAAGGCUGCUGCAGUUUGCCAGGACAGUGCCAGGUUUUGACCUCCUGGAUUUCUCAGACCAGAUUUCUCUGCUAUCCAUCUCUUCAUUGGACGUCAUGUUCCUGCUCUCUGCCCAGCAGUUUUCCCACAACCCAACAAGCCCCAGUCCAGCACUGCAGCUUUUCAGUAUGUCAACACACAGCUUUCUCAGAGACGUAGAAUCAAAGGAAAACAUCCACAGCAGGGGACUCAUUGGAUCAGAGAGCAGUGAGGAUCUCUUUGCACCAGUGCUCAACUUCUUCCACAGCAUAGUUGCGCUACGGGUGACGGAGGCUGAGUACACCUUGCUUACAGCCACAGCGCUGCUCUGCUCAGACCGCGCAUCCCUGCAGGCAGCCAGCUGUGUUGAGAAAAUGCAGGAACUGAUCCUGGACCUGCUGUCCAGGUUGUGCGAAGCCCAAGCUGGAGCAGUGCGAGGAGGAGCGCAGAGGUUUGGCCGCCUGCUGGGCAGACUGACGGAGCUGCGAACCCUCCGCCACAACUACCUCCUCCUGACAAGACAGCAGUCUGGACACUGACAGUGAAGAUGUGCAAGAAAUUCUGAAAAUCUUCAGUCUUUUAUGUCUUCACUUCAAUUCAAAGACUUAUUUGUACAAACACUGUCGUAGAAUGGUUCUGAUUGGGUAUAAAUGGGACAGUGUAGGAGACAGUUACUCAGCUGUCUUUGUUUUCUCCCCAGUCCUGAGUCAUUUAGGAAUUUUAGCCUCUAUAACAGGACUGAGAUGCACUUGUGGGCUGCUGCAGUUUGUUUCAUCAAAGAAACUUUUAUAGGUGUUUUUUUUUAAAAUUUGUAUACAUUUAACAUUCACACUUACAGAACUUUUCACUUUGCUGAACAAUGUUAAAAUAAAGCAUAAAAGGAAAGCUGUAAUGAUAAUGCAGUUGUAAUGAACGUACACUCACUGGUCACUUUAUUAGGCACACAUUACUAGUACUAGGCUGCAACUUUCAGAACGGCCUUAAUUUCUUGUAUCAAAGAUUUAGGAAGGUGCUGGAAACAUUCCUCAGAGAUUUCUUGUCUGUAUUAACAUGAUAAGCAGCAUACAUGUAGAUUUCUUAUCUAUACAUCCAUGAUGUGAAUCUUCGGUUCCACCACAUCGCAAAGGUGCUUUAUUGGACUGAGAUCUGGUGACUGUGGAGAUUAUUUGAGUACAGUGACCUCACUGUCAUGUUGAGGAGAAAGGAUGGAUCCAUGCUUUCGUGGUGUUUACACCAAAUCAGAAGGGGUGCUUUUCAGGUCUUUUCUUAAUUUUGGUGAGCCUGUGUAAACUGUAGCCUCUGUUUUCUGUACUUAACUGACACAAGUGGGACCCAGUAUGGUCUUCUACUGCUGUACCCACUUGCUUCAAAGUUUGGCGUGUUGUGUGUUCAGAGAUGCUCUUUUGCAUAUCAGGUCACUAGAAGUGGUUAUCUGAGUAACUGUUGCCUUCUAAUCAGCACGAAGCAAUCUGACCCUUCUCUAAUUUAUAGUUCUUUUGCAGAGAACUAGAGGAUUUCUUUUUUUGGACGGCCAUUCUUUGUAAACCCUAGAGAUGGUUGAACUUCAGCAGGCUGCCAUGUGAUUGGUCAAUGAGAUAGUGCCAAUAACAAGCAGUUGAACAGGUGUACAUAACAAUGAGCGCUUUAUCGGUCAGUAUUAAAUAAGAAGAACACAAAACUCCAGGUAAGUAUCCCAAAAGCUUUUUUCUUUUUUUAAUAUAGAAUUUAUUUCCCCAAAUAAGGAAAUACUGGUUACAGACAAAAUAUUUGGUGAGCAGGUAAAAUAUGCAGGUAGUACAAGCUUAUGAAGGUGUAUUUGUCCAUUUGAUAAAAUAGGGCACUCUGUAAUAAAUAGAAUCCUCUGGGAGGUGGGGACAGCAAAUGUUGGUCUAAAGUAAAAUCCUGAUAAACUAAACAUGUGAUGUCAUCCAUUUAAAAAUGUUGGCUGCAUGGUUUUAAAUCCUCACGCCAUUAAAUAAGAUUUUUGUCAACUUUAA